AUGGUGAUAUUGCUCGUUUUCAACGUGAUUAUUUACUACAUACAUUUUAUAAAAAGAAUGUACUUGGUGAUCGAACACGUGAUGCAGUUGUAGUAGAUGAAGUUGAUAAUAUGUUAUUAGACAAUGGCAACAACAUGCUUUACUUAUCACACAAUGUUGCUGGACUUAACUUACUUGAUUCUUUGCUUGUUUUUAUUCAGAAACAAGUCUAUUUACCUAUCUUCAAUGGUAUUAAAACUGAUUUAGAAAUCACACAGGCUCAAUUCGAUGAUAGAAAAAUUAAACAAGCAGUGAUGCAAGAUAUUUAUGGUCAAUUAACAGACUUGAUGAAAUUGAAAUCACAUCGAAUGACAAAGAAAAAUGUUGAAGAAGCAUUUAAUAAAUUGAACCAACAUGAAUUCAUUGAUACAAACGGAUAUUUGAAGAUCACGAAUGUAGAUCAAUGUUCUACGUUAGAUAACCAUUUUGACGAUGAUCAAGUAUUUCUUAUUCGUCUUAAAAAUACAUUUCGUAUUAUUCUCGGUCGUCAACGUACAAUCUAUUUACCGAAAUGUUUACGUGAUUUUGUACAACUGCAUUUGGAUGAAUUUAUUAAGAAUAGUAAGAAUGCUAUGUUUAUGGAAAGUGAUCAUGAAUAUGUCGUCGAUGUUGAUCAUACUGGAGCUAGUAGUUUCAUCGAACCACGAAUUACAAUUAUCGAUUCAAAUACGGGUGCUGAUUUAGCAACGUCACAAUGGAGUGGAGGUUUGCAUCAAUUUUUACAAAUCAAACAUGGUUGUCGAUUAUCACCGACUAGCUUAAAAGCUGUAUUCGUUUCAAAUGUUGCAUAUCUAAAGGGAUAUCAAAGGAUUAAUGGUCUGAGUGGAACUUUGGGCUCAAUGCAUGAAAGUCAAACGUUGAUCGAUCUUUACAAUGCAGAUCUCGUCAAGAUCCCAACUUUCAAACCUAAAGUCUUUUAUGAACAUGUUCCCGUCAUUGCCACUAAUACGACUGAAUGGCUUCAAAGUUUAUUCGAUGAAGUAUGUGAUCAAGUUAAUGCAAAACGUUCCGUAUUAAUUAUUUGUGAAUCUAUUGCUCACGUGAGAAUGGUCCAAUCAGAACUUCAAUCUCAAUAUCAACAACAAACGAAACCAACAAAAGAAAUAAAAACAUGUUUUGAAAGUAUUACUAUCUAUGAAAGAGAAUUCAAUGAGUUUAAAUUCGAUGUGGGCUCUGAACUUCAAUGCAGCAAAUUGAUCAUUGCUACCAAUUUGGCAGGACGAGGUACAGAUAUCAAACUUAGCCGUGAAUUAGUUCAUGCAAGAGGAUUACACGUAAUUACCGCGUUCUUACCGGCCAAUUGUCGUAUAGAAGAACAGGCAUUUGGACGUGCAGCACGUUGCGGACAACCAGGAUCUGCACAGAUCAUAGCUAUGCGUGCAACAGAUGAUGGUACGCAACCAUCAGUAUUUCAACUGAAAAUGUUCCGUGAUAAUCAGGAAGUGCAUCGUUUAGCUUCUCUCAAAUCAUUUUACGAUUUUCAUACUGGAACCGAAGAGAAAUGUCUUGAAAAGUUUCGACAUCAUUGUAGUCAAGCACUUAGUGUUAUUUAUUCUUCGAAAAGUACCAAUACUCCAGAUGCAUUGCCAACACCCGCUCAAGUUGUUUACUUUGCCUUGUUGGACAAGUGGGCAUUAUGGUUAGAUCGAAAUGCACCUCUUAUCAAUCACUGUGCUAAAAAUCAUUCUCAAAAAGAAAAAGAAGCCAUCAUCGAAUCUGUUGAUGAUUUUCUCGAAGCACAUCCUAUCGAUGAUGAUAAAAAUUGUUAUGAAAUUGCCAAGAAAUGGAUUGAUUUUCCUCAAUCACUUAUUACACUUGGAAUUAUUCAAAUGAGUCAUAACAAUGGUUUUCAAGCAGCUGAAGAGACGUUCAAUCGAAUUCUUGCUGAUGGUUAUGAAUUUGGUGCGGAAGUUUAUUAUUUCAAAGCUUGUAUGAGAAUGUGUCAAUGGACGAAAACACGAAUUGCAUUGGAUUCAAUCGCAAUCGUGUCAACAGAAAGUUUUCCGGAAAAUAUUGAAUAUGCUAUCGAAUAUUUUCGCAAAUCACGAGCAUUAUUUACAAAUCGAGUUCAACGUCGUCAACAAGAAGCAAAGAUUGUCGCACAAUUUCUUGAUGCAUCUGCUCCGAAUCACAUUAAAACUUGCGGAUUUUUGGAACAACAGAAAGCAAUUACAACUACAUAUGAACUUAUUAUUGCAAAUAUCGAUUGGAUUCUUGGAAUUCCAUGCAGAUCGGAUAUGUUUGUUACAGAAGGCGUACCUAAAGAAUACGCUCAUGAAAUUUAUGAAUCAUUCGUUCGUCAAGGUGUCAUCAGUCCAGUUCGAAUCUCGAAUUAUCAAUUCGAAAAUUGGCAAUUAAAUCCUCUUCGACAGAAAUUCAAAUUAUCUAACAAAAAUAUUGCCUACCUAAUUGAUGGAAUCAAGAAAGAUGCUCGAAGUGAAUCUUUCGAUAAAGAUACUGUACUGGAUGUGAAUAUUAUGGCUGCUCAUGUGAAUCUUUCUCAUCGAAUUGGUUUUUGGAUGCAAUUCAAAAAAUUGAAUGUAUUUGUACACGCAAAGAAAACUGAGAAUGAUAAUGAAGAAUUGGAACUUGAAGAAAGAAUUGAACAUGUUUUACUGAUCGAUGAAGAUUUCAAAGAUAAAUUACCGACAUGGAUGACAAACCUCAAACCUAUUCCGGAGUUUGAUCUUGAAACAUUACGAUAUCAAAUUCGACUUAGUAAUGAAACUAAACAUGGUCUAAUGUACGAUUAUUCUGAUAUUGUUGCUAUGAAUGAUAAAAGGUAUCUAAAGGAACUUGAAGAUCUUGUUAAAUCAAAAGUAAUAAGACAUGAUUGGAUUGGACAGAUCAACGUUAAUGUCUUACGUCGUAUUGGAUAUUUUGAUACUUUCGAUGGAGUGACUACAACUGAUAUUAAGGAUUUCUUCGAUAUAGAUUUAGUUUCUGCAGCGUGGAUCAUUGAUGUAUUAACUGAACAUGGAGUGGUGAAACGAGAUACAAUGGAAAUGCAUCAAUUAACACAAGAUGAUCAACUAUGGAAGGAAAAAGUUGAAGUUUAUGCGAAUAAAGAAAUUACAGAUGAAACUAAUCUAAUUGCUAAACAUGCUAAUAAUUUGAUUAAAAUACGAAAUCUACCAAUACUGAAAAAUGUAACACCAGGAAUUAUUGCUCAUUACUGUGCAUUCACUAACAAUGACCAACUAUUAACUUUUUUCAAAUUACUCAAGAAUGAAAAUUUACUCGUUCCAUUUUUCUUUACCAAAUUUCGAUUGUAUGGAAAACUCGAUUGUUCAUGUUUACCAUCACCAAUUGCUAAUGAAAUCGAUGAAUUCCUUAGCGAUCGUUUUGCAUAUUCUUUUGCACUUGAACAUUUAUGUAUUGCACUUGAUAAAUCUAUUCAUGAUCCAACAACUCCAAAGAAACUCUUCUUGCAAGAAAAUCCUCAAGAUGAACUUUACGAAGAGCUUCUCAGUUCUGGCAUUGGACAGCAAUCAUGUAUCUCACAAGAAGAUUACUUGUUCUUAGAUCUUGAUCAACACAAAUACAAGGAUGAAUUAAUAGCAGUUAUUAAUACUCAUCGAACUAAACUUUGGGAUCAGACUCAUUAUCAUAUGGAAUUUGUACCUUUUGCUACUUACUUCACUGCUCAAGGUUAUACAAUCGAUUCUGAUAUGAAGGCAAUCAUUGAAAAUGGUCUUCUGAUGGUUAUAUCGAAAACAGGUGAAAGUAUUGGUUGGUCAUUGCAAAAUUUUGUUAUUAAAAAUGUGGUUAAAGCAAGCAAGGCUGUGUGGAGUCAAGUCAAAGCUGUUGGAAACUUUUUCUAUUCUAUUGGAAGUGAUAUUUGCAAUUUUGUGUCACCAUUUAUCGAAUAUUGUGUUGAUGCAUUUGAUUAUUUUGCUGAAUGUGGAAUUGCUGCAGGACGAGCGAUCAAAGAAAAAGUUGUAGCAGUUGUAGAUGUGAUUGCAGAUUCGGAAAUUGUCAAAAUGGCAACACAAACCGUUAAGGACAUUACCUCUGUUGUCGGUGAACAAAUCGUUAAUGCUGCACAAGCCGUAGGAGAUACCAUAGUCACAGUGGCUGAUCAAACUGGCAUCACCGCUGCUGCAAAGGCUGUGGGUAAUGUUGCUACUUCUGUUGGAACUGUUAUUGCAGACACCACUGUCGCUGUUGGAACUGCUAUUGGAAAUAUUGCGACGGAUGUUGGUCAGCAUAUUGCUAGUACAAAGGUAUUCGCAGUAGCCAAGCAAGCGUUCAGCAAUGCAAUGAAUGCUGCCAAGAAUGUGUACAAAAAAAUGAGUGCCUUCGUCACUGCAUCUGCGGAAAGUUACUUGUACUACAAUCAAUGCAGAUUUGCUGCCAGACGUCUUGCAAUUGAACAAAGAGGUAUCAUCGACGAACAUUUCAUCCUUCAAAGUUAUGACAAUGCUGUGUUAGGUGAAAACCGUAUAGAAAACAAUGAUAAUGUCUUUGAACAGAAAAUGCGUGAAUAUAUGGUUCAAUCGGCAGAAUCUUGGUUGUCACAAGUGCGACCAAUUAUCAGGACUAUUGUCCGCAAAUACUUUCGUAAUAAUUACAAUUCUCUUAGACAUGCUGAUGUCCCAGCUGUUCUUGAAAGUGGUCAAGCCAUUUCCAAGUUCAAAACUGAAGCAACUGAACACUUAGCAGUUUUAGCUAAUAUCACUAAAGUAGUAUUUUUUCAAGUUAUUAAACAUUAUGCUGUUCAACGAAAUGCCAAUCUCGCCACGUUAUCUCUUUCUGAAUUAGGUUUAUCACAGAUCAAGCAUAACUUCGACCAUUUCGUAGAGUCGAUUAAAAUGGUUUACGAAGAAAUUCAAGAAACUAUUGAGAAUAACAAUCCAAAUGUAUCACCAUCGGAUAAUUUUGUUAUUAAUAUUGUGGAAGAAAAAUUAAAAACACUUGUCGAUUCUGUGUUUGUUGAUCCUACAAUCAAACUAACAUCAGCAUUUCUCGAAAGUUGUCGUAAUCAUCCUCAACUAGCAACAAUGUCUGUAUUUAGCAAAGAAGAUAUUGCUCUGAAAAAAGCAAUUUCUGAUUUCAACGCCAGCACACAGAGUAAAAAGCAUGCUGAAUUUCUCCUUCACCAACUUCAUAAAACAGUCAUCAACAUGCUGAUUUCAAAUCCUAAUGACAAAGAACUUUUACGAUUUGCAAUCAAGUUUGGUUUCCCAUUACCAUUAGCUGCUGCGAAGCCAAUUGCACGUACUGUUCAUUCGAUUUUUAGUGCCAACAAUUAUGGAACAGGCUUUUGGCUGUUUGUAUAUGCCGAAAACGACGACUUUGGAAAGGAUGAACCAAUUGUCAAGUUUGCAACCAAAGACACGGCUAAACUGAAGGUCAAGUUGCGAUGUAUCAAUGAUCAAUUGUUUAUUUGCCGAACUGAUUUUAUCAAAAUAGAAACAUUUAAAAUGGCACGGGCAAAGUUUUUCACGGAUUUGAACUCACUGGUGACGACUAAAAACGACCUUGAAGGACAAAAUGCUGCGUGGAGAUUUUGUCGAAGUGUUUAUGAAUUUGCUCGGUUACGACGAAUGCUGUCAGAUGAAGUUUGGGCCAAUAAAGAAGAAGAAGAUUGCUUCAAGGAGCAGUUUGAGCCCGGAAUCAUAGCAUUUGCCGCCAAGUUGAAGGGCAUUACUUCAGUUCCACGUGCUGCCAACUUGUACACUGUAAAAUUAUAUCUUUCUGCUUUUGAAUUUAUCCGCACCGAUCUGAUGCAGUUAUAUGAGAUAAUGCGAGGUUCCGGUCCGAGUACUGAGCUUCAGAAAGGAGUGAGCACAAUUGAAUGGCAACAGAUCUUUCUCACGAACUCUGUGGAUGAUUGGGAGUUUGACAGCGACUUUUACAAUCCCAAUAAGUGGGAAUUGCCCUGUUUGGAAGGUAUACCAAAAGAACACACGUGGUGGAAUAAAGAACUGGGCAUCACAAGCGACAAUGAAAAUGAUCAUGAUUCUGGCUUUGAUUGGACUAAAUGA